AUGUUUUGGUGUUUUAAUUUCAGAGAUCCCCAUUUGAAGAUACCUCACAUUCACCCAUCCAAUCUUUCCGUGUUUGAAGAUGUGGAGGAGAUAUCGGGCAACUUAAUUAUCCAAUCAAAUCACACAGAAUUCCGGAAUCUCUCAUAUUUUAAGAGUCUGAAAUAUUUUUCUGGUCGGGAACCGAAUGGUGCCCUAGCUCUUAAUAUUAUGAUGACACAUUUGGAAUCGUUGGAAUUGGUGAAGUUGAAGGAGAUACGUCAAGGUGGCAUCCUGAUAGCGGGCAACAGUAAUCUGUGUUACGUAGGUAGUAUGAACUGGAGGUUACUCAUAUUAAACGACGAUCAACGACUCAACAUUCAGUCCAAUGCUAAACCUGAAGAUUGUGUUCGUGACGGUCACGUAUAUGAUGAUGAAUGUUCCCUGGAUGGUUGCUGGGGAAAGGGAAAAGACAAAUGCCUCAAAUGUCGAAAAUAUCGUGUUGAAGAAGAAAAUAUGUGUAUUAAAUCCUGUUCUCAUAUAAAUCUUCAUUUACAUGCUGGAAAUAAGAGAUGUAAACCUUGUCAUGCUCAAUGUAAAAACAACUGUACUGGACCAGAACCGAAUCAAUGAGACAGUUGUAAGAAUGUUACCAUUCUAGAUAACAACAAUGUCGCCAUCUGUCUAGCAGAGUGUCCAAGUAUCAUGUACCCAGAUGAAAAUAAUAUCUGUAGAAAAUGUCAUAAAAACUGUGCUGAUGGAUGUACAGGAAAUUCUGAUAUUGUGGGUCCAGGGGGAUGUAACUCUUGUGAAGUCGGUUUUCGAAAGUCUCAUUUUACAGAAACUAUAAGAUGUUUACCAACCGAUACUAAUUCCUGCCCCGACAGUCAUCAUCUAACUCCCGUUAAAAUAGACAAUAAUAAUCUACUAGGUGGAAAAAGGGUAAGAUUGUGUUUCUGUCAUUUAGGGAUUGUGGUGUUAGAGGUAUAAUGUCCUAGGUUUUGGUCAUUUAGGGACUGUGGUGUUAAAGGGAUAAUGUCCUAGGUUUU